AGAAAUAGCAAGAAUACAAGAUGCAGUCAACGUGAAGGUUUUAUGUGACUUAACGGCUGGUGUGGAUUGCCGACAUCAAGAGACCUUUCAAGAAAUUGAUUUCUAUCUUGUCUUUGAUAACUCAGUGGAACCGUAGAGUUCAGAUGAGGUAUUUGGCCAUCUGAGGUUUGUGUCAUCAGUGUGAAUAAUCAUCCCUGAAAGUUUGUACAUCCUCUGGCAGUAGCAGUAGCCAUUGCAAACUUUCUGACACUCAGACGACCGUUUAUCUGCCUGUCUUUCCCACUCUUUAGCACAGAACCCCCUCUUGGUUAUCAUCAUGUGCUUAGCAUUCCCUAAUGCAGUCGUGGGAACAUAGAAAACAUUAAGAUAUUUUUUAAAAUAGAAGUUGAGGUGACUCGAGAGCAAAUGGGAUCAGUUCUGCAGAUUUUAUUAAAUCUAGAGACUCCAAAGUCAUGAGAUUUUAUGGGAAAUGUUUUGAGAAGCAGCCGAGAUGACAGGCCUCCUGGGGGCCUUGCGUCAUGUUAGUCUGCCCACCAUGAAACUCUGUCUGACAAGCGUGGCUCAGCCGCUAUUCCUCGCAGUCCAGGAACCAUCCCUGUCCCAUGCCCAGACCCUCUGGCCUACCGUGGUCUCUGGUGACGUCAUUUAUGUGCACUCUGUUAUCUGCACUGCAGUAUCUGGGCCCUUCAGAGCCUGCCUUCCAUGGUCCCAGGGGCCUGAGGGCGUUUGUUCCCUUCCUCCCUUGGUGUGAGCUUUCUGCGGGUGUCACUUGUCUUACAAGGGAAGUCAGGUUCUGCGGCAAGCAUCCAACAGUUCUCUGUUCAGCUGGCCGCACUGCGUCUUCUUCUCAGGAAGAUUUCUGACAGGAAUGUGCUCCAAGGGCAUGUCCAUUUUGAAGUAAAUUAAAGUGGAUUCUAGUUGGUUUUUUUUUUUUUUUGUCUUAAUCACUAUAAUAAAAAAUUACUAUUAAUAUAUAAAACAUGUGUGUAUGUGUGUGUGUGUGUGUAUGUGUGUGUGUGUAUAGACCUAAGGGUAUAUUAGUUUGGAGAACUUGAGAUCUAAAGAACCCUUUGGUCCAUUUGUGUUUUAAAGUUUUUAAGAAACUUGAAGUCAAGAGAGUCUGGCUAAAUGCAGUCUGUUGCAUUUUUCAGCCAUAUGUGUCUCUAAGGAGCUCUGUCUUCCUGAUUUCAUCUGUGAUUUUCAUCUUAUGUUAGUUCCAACCCCAUAGAUUAGGAAAAUAAUUAUGUUAUUGGGGUUGAUGUCCGUGUUUCCUAGCUGUAAUUAUACCCUUAUAAUCUUGUUUGUUUUGAAAAGACUGUUGCAUAUUGCAGAUUCACAUGGAGCUUAUUUUCCCACAGCACCUGUGGUUUUUAUUCUUUGGACUCUGAUUUCAUGUUUAUGGGGAUGUGCGGUCAUGGAUGUAAUGCAGGAACACAGGGCUAUGCAGGUGUUUCCCUUGGCUGAUAGAUAAUGCUUUAGUUCUUCCAAAGAAACAUAGAUGUUAACUGGCCAUCACCCAUAACAUAAAACACUUCUUUAUUAUAUUGGGAAAGUGCCUAGAGAUAUUCUUCUGAGAGUAGGGAAAUUUCUGGAACUUCCUGCAGAAAAACAAAAAUACAAAAAAAAAAAAUAACAACUUACAUAGAAGAGAAGAAUGGAGAACAGCAUGUAGGUCAUGUUUCGAAAUAACUAAUGGGUUUCUUGAGAUGAGAUACAACAACACAUUUGAAAAAUACAGCCUCCUUUGGGUAUUAAUCAGGAUGUAGGAUCCAGUAGGCAGGGUCUUAAUCUCAAAGAAAAACAGGGCUGCUCCUAGCAUGGUACCGCAUAUCAAAAGAACAUCAGUGAGUCUGACCCAGGGGCCUCUUGUGUGGUUUGGGGUAAGCCCUGAGGACUUUGGAACGUCUCUAUCUCCUCAGGCAAAGUCUAAACAAAUUAACUAUUUAUGGCUGUAGAUAUGAUUCUGAACCUCUGAAAAAUACCCAAUGUCUCUAUCCAGUGGUUUUAGUAUUCGACCCCUCAUGAGCUUUUCAUGCCCCCUGAUGCUACAAGAGAUCCAAUAUAUAACUUAUUUAUAAUUUAUCACUUGAACAGGAAGUAGCAUGGUGACUGUAGGUUGCAAUAGAAACUUGAUACAAUUCCUAUCCCACCUGAAGCAAAUACAAGUAUACUCAUUCUUGGGGAGUGGAGUGGGGAAGAAAGUUAAACUUCUCUUGUCUGUAUGCAUGCCCCUCAAAAAAAAAAAAAAGGUUUGGUUGAAUUAACUUGAGACAGAAUGUUUCUGGAUCAGCUCAGUGUUUACAUAUGGCUUUGUCAUCCAUGACAUGGAACAUCUUGAUGAAAAGUAAAUUAUUGAGCUGCUUCAGUCAGUCACGGUUUCCAAGUGAGUCUGCAUGUUUGUCAUCAAAUGGCUACAUGUAGAUAUACAGCUCUUGCCAAAACACAUUGCUUUUUGGUGGACAUUUAUGUAUUGUUUUGGAGAGAUUGAACAGCACUGCAUUCUUUGGCACUGUCAUUUGAUUCCUUGGUCUCAGUGCCUUGAGAGUGCAGGUUCCUAAAUUCACAUGGAAGGAAAGCCAGGUAGUCCACCCCUUUCCUGAGCACAGGAGGUUCUACAUCUUGUGACUUAUCUGCAAGCAGUUUAAAACUUGUCCCUUUCCUUGGUGUUUGGCCAUAAGCAGUACGGGAAGUGAAUUUCUGGAGGAGAAUUUGAAUACAUUGCCAUUGGUCCCUGUGAAUAAAUUGAUAUCCUGGAGGGAUGUAGGAUCCCAAGAUGCUACUUUUCUCAUAGGUCAUAAUUUGCUCAUUAGAAUGUGGCUACAUUCUAAUAGCCACAUUCUACAUAAUUCCUUGUCCAUAAAAACAGCAUUUCUGAAGGGGAGUCAUGAAAGCUAUAAGACACACAUGCUUCCCUCAGCUAAAGUGCUUUGCAGAAGUGCAAGUAGACAUAUUUCCAAAUAAGGCAGUUCUGAUCUUAUUUUUGUGUUGCAGUGUGUUUAGUUACUGUGGCUGCGUAACAAAUCACCGUCAAGCAUAGUGCCUUGAGAAACACACACUGUCUUAUGAUCUCUUCUGGGCUCUGUGGGGCAGGAAUUUGGGGAGGUCUUGGUGGAAUGAUUCUGGGGCCCGUCAAUGAACAGGGGUGAAAUAUCUAAAGUACCAGAGCUGGAACAGCUCAGUGGGACCAGCGAUUCUUAUUCUCUUUCCUCCAACAGCUUCGCUUUCCCCCUGCCUCCCUCCAUGGGGUCUCAGUCCUCUCCAUGUGGGCUAGUUUGGACUUCCACCCAGAAUGGCAGCCCCAGGGUAUUUGAUCUGCCUACACAGCAGACAAGGUUUGCCAGAGUGGUUUCCAUCAUUGGCCAAGUGGAAGCAGCAUUGGCUUCUGUGGUCUAACCUCAGAGGUCAUGCAGUGUCGGUCCUGAGUAUUUUAUUGGUUGCUAAACACUGAAUAUUUGUGUCUCUUCCAAUUCGUGCAUCAAUGUUAUAACCCCCAAUGUGCUGGUUGAGCAGGUGGUACUUUGGAGUGGUUAUGAUUGGGUGAAGUGCUGAGGGUAGAAUUGCCGCAACAGGAUUAGUGUUCUUUUCAAAUGACAAAGAGACAAAAAAGCUCAUGUCUCUUUCUCUGCCAGGUAAAGAUAAAGCAUAAAGGUAGCCCUCUCUAAAUCAGGACUAAACCAGGAGGAGAGCCCUCAUGAGAACCUGUCUACGCUGGUGCUCUGAUCUCUGACUACAACCCUCCAGAACUUUGAGAAAUAAAUGGCUGUCAUUUAAGUCACCCAUUUAAGUCAGGCAUUUUGUUACAGCCAGGUAUGGUUUGGAUCUGGAAAGUCCCCAGAAGCUCAUGUGUUGGAAGCAAGAUGCAGAGAUGGGGCUUGAAAGCAACAAUUAGUGCCCUAACCUUAUCAGUAGAUUAAUCCAUUUGCUGGAAUUAAUCUUUGAUAGCUGCAGGACUGCUGAAGAUGGGACCUAGUUGGAGGAAGUAGGUCACUGGGAGCAUGUCCAUGGGCGAUAUCUGUCCCUAGCCCCUUCCUCUGUUGCUCUCUGCUUCUUAACGGCCAUGAACUGAGUAGCUUUACUCCACCAUGCCUUUCUGCCAUGAUGUUCUGCCUCACAUUGGUCCCAGAGCCAUGGAUUUGGCAGACCAUGGACUAAGACCUCUGAAAGUAUUGGAAACUUUUCCUCCUUUAAGUUGUUCUUGUUGAGUAUUUUGAUGACAGUGAUGAAGAGCUGACACACACAGCUUAGGAUGUUGGUUAAAAGUGAGUCAAAGCUUGCGUAGAUUCAAGGGGAGGAGAUUAAGGCUCCAUCUCCUCCUAGGGGCAUGGCAAGGGCUAGAGGGUUUGGGGAAAAGGGGCAGUGUGUGGUCAUCUUUGGAAAAGAUGAUCUGCCACAUGUGCUUUUAUAAUUACUGAAAAAGAGUUUUAGUCUUCAAAUAGGUAUUGCAGUAUUUAAAUCCUUAUUUCCUCUGUGUCAGGCAGGUUCCCAGGCCAAGCCUGCUUGGAAGAGAAUAUCAAAGGAAAUGUGAAAAUAAGCUCUAAGUCAAGGAGUGAUGGAAGUGCUGGAACAGGAGGGGGUGUGAUAACCCUGAAGAAUCUCACCAGCUCUUCUACAGUGAGGCCUCCUGGCUGCUCAGGGUCUCUCUCAGUUGUCCAGGGUGCUGUCCUAUGCAUUCUAAGUCAUUCAGCAGCACAUCUGGCUACUGCCCUUCAGAUGAGGUAGCACCUCUACCCCAAUAAUGACAACCAAAUAUGAUGCCAGACAUGUCAAGUGUCUCCGUGCCCAGAAAAAUCAUUCCCAGGCAAAGGCAGCUCAAGCAUCUCAUCCGACGUGAGUUCAAGUACAGAUCACACGCCGACCAAAGCCCAGAAGAAUGUGGCUACCAGUGAAGACUCCGACCUGAGCAUGCGCACACUGAGCACGCCCAGCCCAGCCUUGAUAUGUCCACCGACUUUACCAGGAUUUCAGAAUGGAAGGGGCUCAUCCACCUCCUCGUCCUCUGUCACCGGAGAAACGGUGGCCAUGGUCCACUCCCCGCCCCCCACCCGCCUCACACACCCGCUCAUCAGGCUCGCCUCCAGACCCCAGAAAGAGCAGGCCAGCAUAGACCGGCUCCCGGACCACUGCAUGGUGCACAUCUUCUCCUUCCUGCCCACCAACCAGCUGUGUCGCUGUGCACGCGUGUGUCGCCGCUGGUACAACCUGGCGUGGGACCCGCGGCUCUGGAGGACUAUCCGCCUGAUGGGCGAGACCAUCAACGUGGACCGUGCGCUCAAGGUGCUGACCCGCAGGCUGUGCCAGGACACCCCCAAUGUGUGUCUCAUGCUGGAAACAGUAAUUGUCAGUGGCUGCCGGCGGCUCACAGACCGAGGGCUUUACACCAUUGCCCAGUGCUGCCCCGAACUGAGGCGACUGGAAGUCUCAGGCUGUUACAAUAUCUCCAAUGAGGCCGUUUUUGACGUGGUGUCCCUCUGCCCCAAUCUGGAGCACCUGGACGUGUCAGGGUGCUCCAAAGUGACCUGCAUCAGCUUGACUCGGGAGGCCUCCAUUAAAUUGUCCCCCUUGCAUGGCAAACAGAUUUCCAUCCGCUACCUGGACAUGACGGACUGCUUUGUGCUGGAGGACGAGGGCCUGCACACCAUCGCAGCACACUGCACGCAGCUGACCCACCUGUACCUGCGACGCUGCGUCCGCCUCACCGACGAGGGCCUCCGCUACCUGGUGAUCUACUGCACGUCCAUCAAGGAGUUGAGUGUCAGCGACUGCCGCUUCGUCAGUGACUUCGGUCUGCGGGAGAUCGCCAAGCUGGAGUCCCGCCUGCGGUACCUCAGCAUCGCCCACUGUGGCCGGGUGACCGACGUGGGCAUCCGUUACGUGGCCAAGUACUGCAGCAAGUUGCGCUACCUCAACGCGAGGGGCUGCGAGGGCAUCACGGACCAUGGCGUGGAGUACCUUGCCAAGAACUGCACGAAACUCAAAUCUCUGGACAUCGGCAAAUGCCCACUGGUCUCCGACACGGGCCUGGAGUGCCUGGCCCUGAACUGCUUCAAUCUCAAGCGCCUCAGCCUCAAGUCCUGCGAGAGCAUCACCGGCCAGGGCCUGCAGAUCGUGGCCGCCAAUUGCUUUGACCUCCAGAUGCUGAAUGUCCAAGACUGCGAGGUUUCUGUGGAGGCCCUGCGGUUUGUCAAACGCCACUGCAAGCGCUGCGUCAUCGAGCACACCAACCCCGCCUUCUUCUGAAGGGACAGCUUUCAUGGGGAGUGGUCUCCAUACAAACACGAACCAAACAAGAUGUUCUUUAAAAGCAGCAUAUGUAAGCACCGACACCCACUCAGCAGCUAUUUCUUUCAGGAAGGUUCUUAGGAAUCUGGCUUUUACUUUUCCUCAUUUCUCAUGGGUGACACAGGUCAAAGAAAUUAAAGGGUAAAGAACAGAUUUCUAUUGCAGCAAACAGUGUUUUUGGUCAGGUAAUUUGUAAACAGCUUCUCUUCUCACAUAAGAUGUUCCCUUAGGCAGAUGGAGGUCUUUAGAAAUGUACCUUACUUUCCUCUCCACACCAGCGCUCCUGAACACAGGUCACACCCACAACAUGCCACAUCCCGGCCCUUAGCUCCACCCUCCCUCCAUCCUCCAUCCUCAACUGCCACAAGAGUAUCGCAACCACAGCGCUCUCUAGAACUCCUCUUCAUACUGCUGGGUUGACCUGAGCCCCGCCCCUUAAUGUCACACCAAGCAAAUUGUGGUUAAAUAAGUGUCCUAAGUCACUUUGAAUUUACAAAGAGCUUUUCAGACCUUUUUAAAAAAAUCCAUUGUGGCAAGCAGCAUGGUGGAAGAGACCUUUGUUUUUUUUCCCCACAUCUUCUGCUAACUAGCUGGAUGACCUUGGCCAAAGAACUUCACCUCUCCAGGCUUCAGCUUGCAACACUGGAUUAGAAGCCACUCAGCUGGAGAAUUAGCCCCAUGCUGGUUUUAGGAUUAAGAGAACAGACAUAUCAAUAAACAAAAACCUUAACACAGCCACAUGGUCAUGUACCUCUUCUAAAAGAAUUGAUUUUGUAGUUGGGCUCCUUUCAGGAGGUUCCACAGUGCCCAUGUCAGUGCACAUAGGAUCCUAUGUGUCCUUUUGCUCUCAUGCAAGUACCACUCACUCUCAGUUUGUUUUGGUGGAUGAGUCUAUUGCAUAUCAUCUCCUGCCCCUCUGGAUGCUAUGGUUUCUGUGCACAAGUACUUUCAGCUUUCCCCUUCUCAGCACUGUCUUAGCAGAGCACCAGAAUGUCUGAACAUGGGGAAGUUCAAAUCCCCCAGUCAAGACUCAUCUUCUGAGUGUUUUCAAAGGGAGGAAAGACCCUUGCAAUUUUUAAUUAACAAGUGAGGCCCAAGGGAACCCAUGUCCUCAAAGGUUUUUCUAAUCCCUCUCAGAGCACAUGUGGCAUACAUCAGGCACAUCUGUCCUGCAGCUGGCAGAGACAGAUGCUGUGGGUUUUUGUCAUUUAGAUUGCAUUUUGACUUUUCUCAUCUAUUUAUUUCUUUAUGCAUCCAGACUUCAUCACAUGGAGCCUACCGGGGUUAAGUUUGUAAAUGUUUAAUUGUGCAAAUUGCCACCUUGUGUCUCCCGCGUGGCUGUCUGCAUGCAUUCCAUUAAAGAAUACAAAGUAGACUUCCAGGUGUUUAAAUACUGUGCACUUGAAACAAGUUGAAGAGGGAACACAUUGAUAAGACAGAUGCUAGUCCACUAACCAAACCCUUGGAAUAGAACAUCAACAUCAUGACAAAAUAUGAAUUUUAAGUGGUCGUAUAUGGAAAUAAUUGAUUCGUUAGUCUAUUAUGUGAAAUCAGGUAACCAGGAGAACUUCCAUGCUUAUGAAAUGUAGUGUCAUUUAUUAGUAAACCCAGGACCUUUCCCAAAUUAAUCUCUGACCACACCCUUCUUCUUUGCUGCUGAAACAGCUCAUGUAUUUCCUCCUCAAAGGGGCCACCAUCCAAUUCCAGAACCUCUGCAUUUCCUAGCCAACUGUGCUGACUUUGUUUCAGAGCCAGCUUACAUACCACUCACUCGACAACUGCACUCCUACUGUAGGCUCCCGUGCACACUGUAGUCUUAUGUCAGGAAGGAGGAGCUAGAGUGAUGAGAUGGAGUCUUUCCAGGAGGUUUCUAUCAUACAUCAUAUGAAACAUGGCUUUCUGUCCAACUGACAUCAUCCUCAACCCAGAUACACAAUCAAUGCAAUGUGCCAUGAGGGGAGGUGACUUGUUUGGCUGGGGACAGCAUUUCAUGUUAGCCAUAGAGUUUAGAACCAUAAUAGAAUUUCAAAGGAACAUACCUCUGGUCUGUGACUGGUGACUAUCCAUAGUUUCAGAAUUUAGGAGUCACAGAUGAUUGUCCUUCACUUUUGGCUAGGGGAUAUUCCAGAUAAGCUGGUUUAAUACUCUUGGAAUGAGCAGGGAGAUCCAGAACAGCUCCCUGAACCAUUCUGAGUGUCUCUGUCGCCACCACCCGACCACAUCACCUAACCAAUUUUCCAAGCAUGAGACCAAGACCACUUCUCACACUGGUUGCCUGCCCAGCACAUGCUGUCUUUCCCAGUUUCUCCCCUUUCCUGGUGUCCUCUUCAUCCAUUCUGCUCUCCCUUGGGGGUAUGAAUCUGUGACAGAGGUUACUGGGAAAACAGCUCAGCAGAUUUUUAGAGACCAAGCAAAAGUCCUCAGCAGAAAAAUUUAUCUGUUUUAAAACAUUGCUUCCUUCCUGGCUCUGCUAAAUUGAAUGCUCAUUGUUUUUGUAACUCUAAUGUUCAAAUCACUGCGUGCUGUAUGACUCUAGAAAGCCUUAAUUUACUACCACCAAGAAAUAAAGCAAUAUGUUGGUAAUUAGGCUCA